AAACACUCAAGUCGAGGUGGCGCUACUGUUCAACAAUUCCGUAUCAACUGAUCAAAUUCCAGAAGCUGAUGUGGUGGUAGCCACAUUGGUGCAGGCUGUAAAUAGUCCCAACAACAUUUUCAACCUCACUUUGGAUUCAGACUCAAUAGCAGUCGUUCAACCAGAAACAUCUACCCCUGGAUCCACAACUCAAGGGCCAACAAUGACCCUGGUGCCAACAACCAUCCAGUUAACAACAACUCAUGAACCAAUUAUCCCCCUGGUACCAACAACUCAUCGGCAAACAGCCACCCAUGUACCAACACCUCAGGGACCAACAACCAACCUGAUAUCAUCUACUCAUGGACCAACAACAGCCCCAGUGCCAACAGCUCAUGGGCAAACAACCACCAUGGUAUCAACAACUAUUGGACCAACAUUCACCCAGGUCUCCACAACGAUUGGGCAACAAACCACCCUGGUACCAACAAUUCAUGGACCUUUAACCACCCUGGCACCAACAACUAAUGGACCAACAGCCACCAAUGUACCAACAACUCAUGAACCAACAACCACCCUGGCACCAACAAGUCAUGAACCAACAACCACUCAGGUACAAACAACUCAUGGGCAAACAACCACCUUGGAACCAAUAACUCAAAGGCCAGCAACCACCCAGGUUUCCUCAACUCACGGGCCAACAACUACACAGGUACCAACAAGUCAUGAACCAACAACCACCCAGGUAUCUACAACUCAGGUGCAAACAACCACCCUGGUACCAACAACACUCCUGGUACCAACAACUCAUGAGCAAACAACCACUUUGGAACCAAUAACUCAAGGGCCAACAACCACCAAGGUUUCCACAACUCACGGCCCAACAUCUACACAGGUAACCACAACUCAUAGGCCAACAACCAUUCAGGUAUCCACAACUAAUGGACAAACAACCACCCAGUUAACAACAACUCAUGGACCAACAAUCACCCCAGUAUCAACAACGAAUGGACCAACAUUCACCCAAUUCUCCGCAAGUGAGGGCCAAACAACCACCCUGGUACCAACAACUCGUGAGCAAACAACUCCCCUGGUACCAGCAACACUCCUGGUACCAACAACUCAUGGGCAAACAACCACCUUGGAACCAAUAACUCAAAGGCCAGCAACCACCCAGGUUUCCUCAACUCACGGGCCAACAACUACACAGGUACCAACAAGUCAUGAACCAACAACCACCCAGGUAUCUACAACUCAGGUGCAAACAACCACCCUGGUACCAACAACACUCCUGGUACCAACAACUCACGAGCAAACAACCACUUUGGAACCAAUAACUCAAGGGCCAACAACCACCAAGGUUUCCACAACUCACGGCCCAACAUCUACACAGGUAACCACAACUCAUAGGCCAACAACCAUUCAGGUAUCCACAACUAAUGGACAAACAACCACCCAGUUAACAACAACUCAUGGACCAACAAUCACCCCAGUAUCAACAACGAAUGGACCAACAUUCACCCAAUUCUCCGCAAGUGAGGGCCAAACAACCACCCUGGUACCAACAACUCAUGAGCAAACAACUCCCCUGGUACCAGCAACACUCCUGGUACCAACAACUCAUGGGCAAACAACCACCUUGGAACCAAUAACUCAAAGGCCAGCAACCACCCAGGUUUCCUCAACUCGCGGGCCAACAACUACACAGGUACCAACAAGUCAUGAACCAACAACCACCCAGGUAUCUACAACUCAGGUGCAAACAACCACCCUGGUACCAACAACACUCCUGGUACCAACAACUCAUGAGCAAACAACCACUUUGGAACCAAUAACUCAAGGGCCAACAACCACCAAGGUUUCCACAACUCACGGGCCAACAUCUACACAGGUAACCACAACUCAUAGGCCAACAACCAUUCAGGUAUCCACAACUAAUGGACAAACAACCACCCAGUUAACAACAACUCAUGGACCAACAAUCACCCCAGUAUCAACAACGAAUGGACCAACAUUCACCCAAUUCUCCGCAAGUGAGGGCCAAACAACCACCCUGGUACCAACAACUCAUGAGCAAACAACUCCCCUGGUACCAGCAACACUCCUGGUACCAACAACUCAUGGGCAAACAACCACCUUGGAACCAAUCACCCACACAAGCACAACUCAUGGACCCACCACCUCCAGGAUCCUCACGACCAAUGAGCCAACAACUACCCAUGGGCCAACCACCGUCCAGGUGCCUGCAACUAAUGGACCACCAACAAUCCAUGCACCAACAACAAUGCACGGGCCCACAACAACUACUCUGGCACCAAUGACUUCUGUAACCACUGCUGCAGCCACUUCUUCACCACCUGUUGUCAUUCUUUCUGCAACUUUGGAGGUAGUUUUUACGGAAGAUUUCAACAAUGUUACUAGUGUGCAGUACAGAGCUCUUGAAACACAAGUUGUCACUGCGUGCAACGUCAUCUACAGGGAGAGAUUUGGUGUAAUCUUCCUCCGCACCUUCGUCAUCAGAAUUAUCCGCGCGGUCGUCAUCACGCGAAUGGACAACACGCAAGUGGACGUGGGACUCGAGUUCAGAGACAUUGUGUCAACCCCACAGAACGACGACGUUGUUUCCACCUUGGAGGAAACGCUGAGGCAACCCAACAACACGUUCAACAUCAGCAUCGUUCGGGACUCCGUUCAAGUCAUACAAUCCCCAAAUAGAGCAAAUUCAACAACGGCAAAACCUUCUUCCACCACCAAAAGGACAACGACGACGCCAGUGCAGCUAACAACGCGAACGUUAAGGUUUACGUCUGACGAGACGUUUACCAGUGACUUGCUCAAUCAGUCGUCAGCUGCGUUUGUUAACCGAGCGAGGAUAAUCAAGACGACGCUUGAGCCUUUCUACAGCAGCGCCUUCUCAUCAUUCAAGUCUUUGACAGCAACGUCAUUUAGUAAUGGCUCAAUCAUCAACAACAUGGACCUGAGGUUCACUUCGGGAUCGGUGCCCAACAACACCGCCAUUGGGAAUGUUUUGAUUGCCGCUGCGCGGAACAUCACGGCGUUCAACGUGAACACCGCGUCCAUUUUUGUGAACGGCAUGCAAGUUUCAAGCGGAGCGAGCCACUUGACGAGCAUCAUCAGCGCAUCCUGGCUUGGGCUGUUGUCAUGGUUACUGUCCUGCCAGCACUAGCAUCAACACCAGUGUAUUAUUUUAAUAUAUAGAACGAUCGGUGAUAUAUAUUUUCAUUGCAUUUUGCGUUUCAGAAUCAUAAAAAUGGUGAAAAUAAUCCAAAAUAGGCAAGUAUUGAGGUUUGUUUGGGUAGCUAAUAAGAUAUUAAGUUAAGCUGUGUAUUCCUGCUCCGCAAUAUCACAUUACUGGCUGUGUUGUACAACAAUGUAAUGGGUAAAAAAAAUACACAAAAUCACACUAUAUUUGCUUGUAUUUGCAAUUACUUUAAUUCCCAAAUGUUUUUUUUAAUCAUGACAAAGUAUAUUGCUCAUAACAUCCUGAAUGAAAAUUGCUUCAUUGUGCAAAGAACUAUUAAAAAAAUGAAACGCA